AUGGCCACCGCGCAUCAACUCCAGAUAUCGACGCGUGAAGGGGAGGAGAAGCUGGCAGUCGACAUCUUGUACAGAGUCAGAAAACACUUCCUUCGUCGCCCUUUCGAGGUGUACCCUCUCGCUCCUGCGAAUCGCCGACUGUGGAACGCACUCCGGAUUGAGCUGUACAUCGCCGACAUUCAGUACGCAAAGGUGAAUGGCCAUGAGACCGCUCUCCAUUGGUCAAUCACAAACGGCUUGAUCGACCAGUCCGACAUGCUCAUUGACCUGGCUCAGCGAUUCUGGCCGGACUACAUCAAUGCGCGAGACAUGGAUGACAGUACUGCCCUUCACAUUGCCGCGUAG